AGCGGCAGCGGGACUUGGGUGGCUGGUGGCUAGGAUUCGAAACCAGGACUUGCAAUAACUGUCCGACAUUAGUUUUUCGAUUGUCAUGGGUGCUGAUUGCAGCGGGCUGGGCGCCUCCCUUGCGCCGAUCCUUGUUUUACUUUAGCCUGUCGUGUCGACUCCCACUAUAGUGUUGCAAUAUUCUACCACUCGCACAGGUUCGUGUCGUGCACUGCGGUUCAUCGCUUCAGCAGGAUGGACAGCAAGCAGUAAGCGAGCAUCGUCUGUGUCAUCUACGCUGUCUUCGUCGGAGCCUCCCCAGAAGGCAGCACGACCGAGCAGCCCAGCAGCUGACGUAUCGUCGUGGUGCACGCUGUGCUGGAAGCACCCGGACGAAAAGUGUUCCGGGGACGAGCACCGCCUACUACCCUUACAGGACGCCAAGACUGAGGCGAGGAAUGCCGUGGGCGACGCACACCUGGCGUUGGAGACCCGGCAGAAAAGGCUCAACGCGAUCGAGGAGGCGGGCGAGCCGACAGUCUUAAAGCUCAGCAUCCCUUCUGCUGAGGGAGAAGGGGCACUUUAUGUGGCAGGGGGCUCGAUGAUGAUCAGGAUGGCCGUCACUGGCGCACUCACUGAAGAAGAGAAGGCGCGAGUCAUCGAAGCCAUAAAUGAGCAGUCGUUGGUAUUUGAACUGGAUGCGAUCGCGCUUGAGGAGAGCGACAAGGAAGUAGAGGCCGUGACGGGUCGUCUCGACAAGAUGUGCAUGGCUUCGGUCCUGGAGAAGCUCCCUCUGUGUGUGGUCGGCCAGCAGCUUCCCGCGGGCACGAUCCUGUACCAGCAUGAUCCAAAGUGCGUUUGGAAGGUGUACGACAGUCCCUGUGUUAUAAACAAGCGUCAUGUGCAGCUCAAGGUUCGUGUCUUCGGACGAGUGACGAACGACUUUUAUCUGCGUGCUCAGAGGGAUGUUUUCUAUUGGAAUCGCCGCAAGUACGGCCCCGCUCCUGAAGAACCUGUCGAUGUUGAAGUCGAGGACGUGCAGUUUGUCGAUGGUUCGCAGAUGAAGGCCCGCUGCUCUCCACCCGGGAGGAAUACUUGUUCCAGGUGGUAGCUCUGUGAACCACCCUUUUUAUUAUUUCACCAUGCAGUCGAAUUCUUGUUUUUGUAUUUUUCUUUGUUUAUGCAGGCCAAAGAGAGGUCCAAAUAAAUAUUUCUUU